GCUUAACCUGAACAAACAAAACUAAAUAAGAAAAAAGGGACUUUUUUAUGAACUGUGCUAAGAUAAUGGUCUGCAAGGGGCGGGAUAUGUAUGAUGUAGCCAACUCACAAAGAAUGACUUCUCCCAAAGUCAUGCUUUGCAUAUGAAAAUAGUGUCAUGCGCCAUGCUUUAUGUCUCUAAUGGGACUCUUAUCAAAAUGUAGCCUCACAUGUGCAACAGUCUGUCUGUCUGGAGGACGUCAACCUUAUAACAACUUUCUACAGCUGGAUUUUAAACUUGAAGUCGGGUGACCUUAAAGAAACUUCCAACCUGCCCUGGUGUUAACGAAAGCAGAGGUCCAAAUCACACACCUGUGAGAGCACGUGUGAUCAGACAUGGACUGUUACGCGACUCUGAUUCUUCUGCUCUUUGGAUUUAGCUCCGGCUCCGGCUCUCUGAUCCCCCUGAGAGAGUUCUACUACGUUAACUUGGCAGUGAACUGGGCCGAUGCUCAGCAUUACUGCAGAGAGAAGUACACUGACCUGGCGACCAUCGAAAGCAUGGAUGAUAUAAGCAGGCUAAAACCUGAUUUCUCCUAUACAUGGGCAUGGAUAGGACUGAAGGACGACCCAGAAUCCUGGAAAGGAGACUUGGGCAAUGAUUCAAACUCCUGGAGAUGGUCAACGACUGGUGAAACGAGCAAAACUGGUUACCAGAGCUGGGAUGUGAACGAACCAAACAGUAAAAAAGCCAAUGAAAACUGUGUGUUGAUGGCCAAUGAUGGAAAAUGGCGGGAUGCCAACUGUCAGUUUUCCUUGAGUUUUGUUUGUUACACUGUAACGAACCAGAAUGAAAAAAUCUACGUAUUCAUCCCAGAUUUAAAAACGUGGACCUCCGCUCAAGCAUACUGCAGAAAGCACUACACAGACCUGUCAAUGAUCGAGAACAUUGUGGAAAACAAGGAGGUGUAUUCUUUAAAAUCCCCCACAUCUUCCAGUUGGAUCGGUCUGUACCGAGAGCCGUGGACUUGGUCCGACAACAGCCAAAGCACCUUCCGAUCCUGGAGAGAUACCAGCCCAAAUAACUACUAUGGCAACCAGUUCUGUAUGGUCGAGAAUGAGCAACAUAAAUGGGACGACGCAAACUGUCAAAGCAAGUACCCUUUCAUCUGCCAUCAAGUUUCAAAAUUUAAGACCAGAGUGAGGAUGAAGAUUCAGACUGGCAUUAACUUGACCAAUCCAGCUACGAGCGCCCAGAUCCUGCAGCAGCUAGGUGCAGUGCUAACAAGUCAGGGAUGGACUGACUUCAGUAUGCGAUGGAAGAUUCAGUCAAGAAAACAGGAGACGGAGAAACUCACAGAGCACCAUUGCACCUCUACUUUUUAAUUUAUUUUUGUGUGUAAACCCACUCAAUUAUAUGAUUUUUUUUUUGGUUGUUUGAGUAAUUUGUGUAUGUAAUACCACUGCAAUGAGUCGAGGAUAAUAUAUUAGUAUGAGAUAAUUGGCCUUUUGUUGUAUGUAGCACACUGACCUGGUGAUGUUUUGCACUUUUCUUUGUCUCAAACUGAAUGUUUUGGGGUUCUGUUGAGACCAAACAGGACAUUUGCAUAUCUUGACCUUGGAUUUGAAAAAAAUGUUAAGGAUAUUUAUUUAUUUAUUACUAUUUUCGGACAUUUUACAGAGCAAAUGAUUAAUCAAACAGCCAGUGUGGUUCAAUACUACAAAAGUCAGAAAUGCAACAGAAGGGCAACUGAAGAGCAGCCAAACAAAGUCUUUAAUAAAAUCUUUAAGAAAAAAGUUGCAACUAAAAAACGACUGCAUUGUUUUGUAAAUGCAUAUUUGUUGAACGACUGCAGUCGUCUGUAACUGCAGUGACAAAUGCCUUAAUAAGGCUGCGUCAGAGUGAACAUAUUAAUGUAUAUUAAUGAGAUAAAAUUGUGUUUGAUUAUACAGUAUUGGACAGAUUCCACCACGACCAAUAAAAACUACUAAGGGAAGUAAUUGCUGAAUCUAAAUAGAACCAAUUCCAAAAAGUUGGGAUGCUGUGUAAAACUAAUAAAACAAAAUGUGAUAAUUUGCUAAUCCUUUUUGAGAUAAACUCAACUGAAAGUUCAUUGAUUUUUGUAAACAUCUGGUCAUUCUGAAUUUAAUGCAGCAACAUGUUUCAAACAAGUUGGGACAGGAGCAACAAAAGACUGAAGUGCAGAGCAGGCUGUGUGACCUGCAUGCAUGCAUGACAGAAAUGGAAUGGAGGGUUAUCAAGGUGUAAUCAGAGUAGACGGGCUCCACGGGGACAAACCUCGGACACUAUGAAACCUACAAAAGAAUCCACCAACACUACUGUGGCCGCCACGUAUGAUGUUCCUGAAAUCACAGUCUUUCAUUAGCCUAUGAUGAAGUGCUUUAGUUACCUAAACCUCCCUCUGACUCUUGUGUGGUAUGUAACUAAUCAUUCAUUCAAAAAAACAUUUACAUGGCCAUUGUUACAGCUGCGUGUGUUCCCUGUGCUAUUAGUCCCUUCUCCUCUCCUGUCCUCUCCAGCUCUGCCCAGGUGUGCUUCAUCUGAUUACUGAAUGAGGUGCACCUGACCUGGGACUGAAGUGCCUGAUUCAGAAGGGAGGUUUCUGGCGUGGGGACUGCUGGUCUGGGAUUUUGUG